CAUCCGUCGAAUCUUAUGCUGGAUCGAUUGACUGGAAAAAUCGUGCACAUAGAUUUUGGUGAUUGUUUUGAUGUGGCCAUGACUAGGGAGAAGUUCCCCGAGAAAAUUCCAUUCCGAUUAACUCGAAUGCUCGUGAAGGCCAUGGAAGUUACUGGAAUUGAAGGCAAUUACCGUUUCACUUGCGAAAGAGUGUUGCGGCUACUCCGUGCCAAUCGCGAAAGUCUCUUAGCGGUCUUGGAAGCUUUCGUUUACGACCCUGUCAUUAGCUGGAGAUUACUUGAAGGAACAAAACGUGUCCCUGGUGAGAAGCACGACGUAACUAGGAGAAAAACUCUGCAGGAAGCUCCUCGUAUUGUCAGAGAACGAGUCAUUGAUCGAAUCAAGCACAAAUUAGCGGGUAUGAAGAGUAACGUUUCAGGUAGCGAGUUUGGAACUGGCGAGGUGGGUGUGCAGGAACAAAUUGACCGACUGGUCGAACAGGCUACACUCCACGAGAAUCUGUGCCAGUGCUACAUAGGGUGGUGCCCGUUCUGGUAG